CCAUAUUUUAACGAAAGGUCACAACUGUAGACGCCACCUCUUCAUGGAGUUUGCCUUUUCGUCCAACAAUGUCGACACUCUCUCCUUAUUCGCCUUUCUUUAUAUGUUGUCCCGUCUUCCUUUCUCUGGUUUCCAUGCCUUUGUCCAAUCAUUUAUUACUUCAACUUUAACAUCUCAUCAUCAUCAACACUACCAUCAUCCCUUCGAUCUCUUUUUGUUGGUCCUUUUGAUUGUUAUACGUGUUACUAUUCGUCCUUCUUCUUCGUCACUUUGAUUUGUCAUUUGUCAUCGUAAAACUAACAAAAGAAAAGAGAAAAACCUUCCCUUUCUUCCUAGUUAUAUAUAUAUUGAACCCACCACCAACUUUACUUUAUAUUUUCUCUUCCCAUGUUUCUCAUCGAGGAUAUAUGGCCUCUGCUUUGCCUUGAUCGUUUCGGAUCAAAGACUAGGCUUUUCUCAGAGUCCCUUUUUCAGACAAUAGCCGAUUCAAUGAGCAACACAAGCUGCGAAUCCUCGGACCUAGAGGUUUGUCGUGACGAAUCAGCCGCCUUGAAGUUAAAGCUCAUAGGCAUAGCCUCAAUCCUCCUCGCAGGAGUUGCUGGCAUUGCUAUUCCAUUCAUAGGCAGGCACCGUAAGUUCCUCCAUACAGAGGGGAGCCUCUUUUUUGCCGCCAAGGCAUUUGCAGCUGGCGUAAUUCUUGCUACUGGCUUUGUCCACAUGCUCUCUGGUGGUAAUGAAGCUCUUACGGAUCCUUGCUUACCAAAAUACCCUUGGUCAAAGUUCCCAUUUCCGGGGUUCUUUGCUAUGAUUGCUACUUUGGUUACUUUGCUCGUGGAUUUUGUGGGAACUCAAUAUUACGAGAGGAAACAAGGUUUGGCUAGAGGAAGUACUGAAGAGCAGGGUAGAGUCGGGUCGUUAGAGGCGGAUUCAGAGUCUGGGAUAGUGCCUGAUGUGGAAGGGAAGGAUUGGAAUGGGAAGGUUUUUGGGGAAGAGGAUGGUGGCGGCAUGCACAUUGUUGGGAUGCAUGCGCAUGCAGCACAUCAUAGGCAUAGUCAUCCACAUGGACAAGAUGGCUGUGAUGGGCUACUGAGGAGUCGUGGACAUGAAGAUGACCAUGGACAUGGGCAUAGUCAUGGACAUGAACAUGGCUUUGGAGGUGGGGAUGAUGAUAGCGGAAUUAGGCACGUCGUUGUUUCCCAGAUUUUGGAGCUUGGAAUUGUAUCACACUCCGUAAUCAUUGGCCUAUCACUAGGUGUUUCCCAGAGUCCAUGCACAAUAAGACCUCUAAUUGCAGCGUUAUCAUUUCAUCAGUUCUUUGAAGGAUUUGCACUUGGAGGCUGCAUCUCGCAAGCACAAUUCAAAACUCUACCAGCCACAAUCAUGGCAUGUUUUUUUGCCAUAACAACCCCAUCUGGAAUUGGCAUUGGGACUGGCAUUUCUUCAUUCUACAAUCCUUACAGCCCAGCAGCUCUGGUUGUGGAAGGCAUCUUAGACUCUUUAUCAGCUGGAAUUCUAGUUUAUAUGGCUUUAGUAGAUCUAAUUGCUGCAGAUUUUCUGAAUAAGAGGAUGAGCUGCAAUUUUAGGCUUCAAGUAGUAUCUUACUUCAUGCUCUUCCUAGGAGCUGCUAUGAUGUCUUCCCUUGCCAUCUGGGCGUAAAUUUUAGUAUAGAGGUAACUGUUUAUUACUUCUUUUUUGCGCGUUUAUUUUUAUAAUGCAACCGGAAAUCAUAAAAUUCUUUAUAACCUGUUGUAAAAUUUGCAAAUCUAUAUAAAUAUAAUGACAGCAACACCCCCAAAGUGAAGGGAAUUGAUGGUUCAAUCUUGCUAACAACUCUCUUAUGUAGUUUGGAUGACAGAUAAUACCUCUUUGGCUUGAACUUCCGCAAGGUAGUUUGGUUUAUUAAAACAACCUCCAGACGCGGUAAUCGCUGUUUACUCUUGGUAAACCUGUUAAAGCAUUCUACUCUUUUCCCUCGUGCCCUGAUGAAGCUGCCAGAUAUUUGAGGUUUAUAUAUUUCAUUAGAAAAAAACUGAAAAAUUUUCAAAAGUUUAAUGAUAAAUUCAUCCAAUAAAAUAGUUCAAUAUUAAAUUUUGAGGUUUUUAAUUUGAGUGCUUCGUAUUCUGUUUAAGACCCAAGGUAUAUAAACGAAAGGAAGAUGUAAAAAAUAAAGAAAAAUGCCGCUUCUAGUUAGAUAGAAGCAAAACUUUUCUAUAUAUAAGAAAUUAAAUUAUUAACAAUUUUUUAAAUUUGAAACUAUCAGAAUUUGAAAAUUUUAUAUUGAA